AUAUGAACUGAAGUAAAUCUAAACAAGGAAGAGGGCACUUAACUAUGCUGGCCAAAAUUCAUAAUCGUGUUUCUGGCUUAUUUGGCCUUAAUAAAGGGAUACAGCAAACGCAAGCCCCAUGUGUAAAAGAAACUGUGUACGGAUUAAAAACGUCCGAUUCAAAACCAGUCACUCUGAAGUCUGUUGAGACCAGUGUGACCAUUAAAGACUGCAUCGCAGACGUCGUGGCAACCCUGAAAUACAACAAUGACGAGUCAGCUCCGAUCUACACGGUUUUCACCUUCCCUCUGGGCGAUACCAUUGGCCUCUAUGGGUUUGAGGCCAGUAUUGACGACCGCAAAAUCGUGACGGAAGUACAGGAGAAAAACAAGACCGUAGACAUAGAGGAAGAAAAUACGAGGGACCACGUGUUUCAUUGCACGCUUGGAACGCUGCCAGCAGGAAAAGACGCUCGACUGAUACUGUCUUUCGUCAUAGAGUUGCCACACGAGGCUGAUGGUAGAGUGCGCUUCAUUCUUCCGUCAACGCUGAACCCACGCUACCAUACUGCAGGGUUCAAUGUGACAUCGGAUGAUGACACGCACGUGCAAUGGUGCACCGUGCCCUAUCGGUUAACUAUGUCCGCCAUCAUUGAGGGAUACAGCCAAAUCAAAUCUGUGAAAUCAGAGAAGCUCGAACUGAACGUUGAGGUUGAGCAGGGGGACAACAUUGCCGAGGUGACGCUAGCCGAGGAGUUCCGGUACGACCAUGACCUCACAUUUCACAUCGAGUACCACAAGCCGUUUGUGCCUCGGCUGAUUAUGGAAAGUGGAAACUCAGAGAAAGAUGGCAUUUUCAAAGACGACCUACUUUCGGUCAGUUUCCAGCCUGAGUUGAAGGAAAUGUUUACCUCUUCCGGGGGAGAGUUCAUUCUCAUAGUGGACCGUUCAAAGAGUAUGACCGGAAACCACUUGCAGUUUGCCAAAGAGGCGCUCUUGGUGUUUCUGAAGAACCUUCCUGCCAACUGUCUCUUCAAUAUCGUCAGCUUCGGCACCUCGUACGCCAGUCUCUUUCCAGGAUACUCGGUUUAUGACGUCACAUCCUUGAAGAAAGCUCUCGAGCUGCAACGGAGCAUGCAGGCCGACAUGGAGACAACCGACCUGUACAAGGUCCUGGAUCACGUGCUUAAUUUGGACGUGCAAAACCCACACCGAAAUAUUUUCCUGUUGACCGACGGAGAAGUGGACAACCAAUCAGAUGUGAUUUCUCUUAUAAAGAAACAAACAGACCAAAACAGAGUGUUCGUCCUUGGCCUUGGAUGCGCAUCAGCGUCCCUGGUUAAAGCUGUGGCCCGGGCGGGCAAUGGUAUCGCAGAAGUCGUUCACAGAAAAACACAGAUAGAGUCAAAGGUGAUGACGCUUCUCCAAUGUGCGAUUCUGAACACGGUAUCGGACAUACAGCUAGUAUGGGAACUGCCCCCUGACGUCACAUCCGUUAUCAUACCAACGGAACUCCCCAACGUGCUGACCGUGGGACAAAGGCUUCACUUUUUUGCCUUUCUUUCUGGAGUAACCGUCGGUAAAGCUACGGGUUCUCUGAAUUUGAAAGCGGUACAAAACAAGCACCCAUUAAACUACACCAUUCCCUUUGACAUGACUGCAAAAGCAUCAUCUACAAAGUCAAAGUUAGUGCAUCGCAUGGCAGCCAGAACGCAAAUUAUAUCGCUACAAGAGGAAGAGGCGUGCGCUUCAAAGGAACUUAAAGAUUGCGCUGAGUUCUACAUGCAAAACGACCUAACGUUGAAACAGAAAGAACUUCGGCAGCAAAUUGUAGACCUCAGUCGCCAUGGCAACAUAGGGUCAAACUUCACUUCCUUUUUGGCAUUGGAAUCGAACAGCCAAACUGUGUGCGGGAGUAUUGAACUCAGGACCCUAAAGGAGGCUGUUGAUGAAACUCCUGUUGUUAUGCGAAGGAAAUCCGAAACAAAAUCAACUGAACGUAAGAGUGUCCUCGACACUGUGAAACGCGCGGUUGGACUGCAGGACAGGCCAAAGCCUUUUAAAUUCUCGAGAAUGUCUUAUUCCCCAUCAGAGAUGCAACGCGCCAUGACUUUUGAAAAUGGUAGUCAAGGUGGUGAACGUUUGCCCAAAAGACCGAUGACUUGCAUAGAGCCCUCGAUGGCAGCGUUGACCCGCCGACAACAGGAAGCUCUUGACCAAGAUGACGAGCUGUUUCAAGUCGUCUACAGCCAAGAAUUGCCCGGCAACUGGUCUCCAUCAGCGCAGUUGAACGAUCUUAUGAACAUCAACGAUGACAAACUUAAAUCUAUUGAAACGAUACCGGGGUUGGUGCUGUUUAACGAUCGCGCGGAGGUUGUGUACACGUUGGCCGUGGUAACAUGGCUCCGGAAACGCAAGCAGGGCCGGAAGUGUGAGUGGUCGCUCAGCGAAAUGAAGGCGAAACUCUGGCUGGGCGAAAAGGGACUUGGGAAACCCUUGGAAGACAUUCUCAAAGAAGUUCAUGAUGUGAUAAUGAAAACAUAAUGUGCGGUUCAAGUGAAAAUAAACGACCAUGACAAGACCAUGACAUUUCUUCAUAGUAUCAGUUAACAGAAAUCUCUGAUGCCUCAGCAAAUAAGUGAUAAAAAUCUUCAAUUUGGGUUGAAUUAAUUAGUGCACAUUUUUUGUCUGUAAUAAUACAAACAUGUUUACACUCAUACAAUAAUUUGCUAAAUAAAGCACAUUUGAUAUAGAUUCAUUGUGACCUUAAGGAAGGCAUUUUUCUGUGCCGCCAUUUUCCUCGGAACUGUGACAUGCUUUAAACUAUACUGUAGUCUACUUACAUAUCAUAUCUAUUAAUUUUGUACACGUAAGCGCAUUCCUUUUAUUUUUGAAAUCGCAUUUAAUUACAUGACAUACCUAGUUGUCCGUAUACUAGUAUUUAAAGCAUAUUAUUAAACCAUUACGGAUAUUAGCAACUUAAACGUGCUAAAUAUAACAUUUAAGCGUUGUCAUUUGCUUACUAGUUGAUCUGUCUUAACAACCGCAAGACGUUAUUAUUGUAAUUAAAAAUUAUGCCGAUAACGUCAAAUGAUUGACGUAAAAAAACCGGAAAUAAUUUAUUUUUAUUUUAUAAGCAUGUUUUGUCAAAUAAGUGUUCGUUCUCAAAAGCGUGUGAUAGUCUGGCAUUCGUUAUUAUUUUUUCUGUAUGUGAUUGCACAUGUCCAAAGGUUCAAUAGCUAUAACAAAUUCAUGACAUCGAUGUAGUUGUCUAAUUAAUAAUAACGUAUAUUUUCGUAAUAGAUUAUGUGUUUUAACAAACGUUUCUGUUAUCAUGUAAGAUUCAUGUAUAUUUAUUAAUUAUAUAUAAUUUAAAAUCAUAUAUAAGUGUUCUUCGUUAAUUGUGAUGGAUUAAAGAUUUCAGUUAUAUAAUUAUACAGCGAUAUAUUUACUCUGGUGUUGGGCGUGUAAUGCAUCUGUCUCUGCACUUAUAUUGUUGCUUAUUAAAUAAAAAAACAAAACACUA